UCAUUUGGUUGUGUUGUGACUUGUGAUUACUCUCACUUCACACUCCCACCUUUGCCCUUUUCCCUUUCUUUUUUUCUUUUUCUUUAUCUUUCCCGUUUUCCCAACCCAAAACCCUAGAUUCCACCAUUCCAACUCUAAACUCCUAAUUCGUUUCUCUUCUCCGCAAUCAAGUGUAAAUUCUAUGGCUGAGGUUGAUCAGAACGAAGUUGAAUACGAGGAGGAACAGGAGGAGGAGGCACCACCACAAAUAGUUGAGGUUGAGGUUGAGGAAGCGGAACAGAAUGAAAAAGUGGUUGAGGUUCCGGUGGUUGUCGAGCCUGAGAAGAAAUGGCCAGGUUGGCCAGGUGAGAGUGUGUUCAGAAUGUUGGUUCCUGCUCAGAAGGUUGGUGGUAUAAUUGGACGCAAAGGAGAGUUCAUUAAAAAGAUUGUAGAGGAAACACGCGCUCGUGUUAAGAUUCUUGAUGGUCCUCCGGGAACUUCAGAAAGGGCUGUAAUGGUAUCAGCUAAAGAUGAGCCUGGUUCUUCUCUUCCGCCUGCUGUGGAUGGUUUAUUGAGGGCUCAUAAACGGUUAAUUGAUGGAUUAGAAAGUGAUUUAACCCAUGCUCCUUCAGGUGUUGCGGGGAAGAUCUCCACAAAAUUUCUAGUACCAGCCUCACAAGCAGGAAGUUUAAUUGGGAAACAAGGCGGAACUGUAAAAUCUAUCCAAGAAGCAUCAAAUUGUAUAGUUAGAGUUCUCGGAGCAGAUGACCUGCCUGUUUUUGCCCUUCAAGAUGACAGGGUGGUUGAAGUAGUAGGGGAUCCCACUGGAGUGCACAAGGCAGUAGAGAUGAUUGCAUCCCACCUUAAGAAAUUUUUAGUUGAUCGCAGUAUAAUUCCAAUUUUUGAAAUGAAUAUGCAAAUGGCUAAUAACCAUCCCAUGGAGCACAUUCCAGUGCCACCACCCCACCAAUCAUGGGGUCCACCUCAGGGUCUCCCACCAAAUACUGGUGGAGGUCCUGGUUUUGGACCCACUCCUCAAUUCAUGCCGCAUAUGCGACAGGUUGAUAAUUACUAUCCACCAGCUGAAAUGGCUCCUCCAUUGGACAAACAGCCCCAUCAUGGUAUAACCGCCUAUGGAAGAGAUGCUUCAGUAGGUGUGCACACAUCAUCCAAUACCCAGUCUGCACCUUCCAUUGUCACACAGGUCACACAACAAAUGCAAAUUCCUCUAUCAUAUGCUGAUGCCGUUAUUGGAACGGCCGGAACAAAUAUAAGCUAUAUCAGACGAGCUAGUGGAGCCACUGUUACCAUACAAGAAACAAGAGGAGUUCCAGGGGAGAUGACAGUUGAAAUCAGUGGUACUGCUUCUCAAGUUCAGACAGCACAACAGCUGAUACAGAAUUUUAUGGCUGAAGCUGCAGCUGCAGCCGCUGCACCAGCACCAGCGCAGCAACAAACAGGUGGACCUCCUGCAGACCAAGGAUACAAUUCUUACCCUGCUCAUGGUUCUGUCUAUACAUCUCCGCCUUCCAAUCCAGGACAUGCUGGAGGCUAUGGCUCAGUAUAUGGUGCAAACUAUGGGUAUUAAUGAGGAGGCUGUAGAACUGAAGUCGCCAUUAUUGAAGUGUAGAAUGUUGGGAACUGAUUAAUGUAAUGAUUUAAUAACACUAUUGGACAUUGCGCCACAUGCUUUGUUUCUGAACUAUAUAACAAACUGAUUUUUUUUUUUCCUAGACCAGUGUUCUGUUCUAUUGGCAGUCAUUCGGAAAGGUCAAACAGGUUUUUCAUGGUCUUGUAAUGUAUUGUUAACUUGUUCUAUGAUGUUCUGUGAUUUUGUUCUAUGUUAGUAUGAGUAUCUAUAGUUGGUUCA